CUGGAGCGCUACCGCGAGAAGAAGGCGCGGCGGCUGUACACCAAGAAGAUCCGGUACCAACUGCGGAAGAUUAAUGCGGACAAGCGACCCCGCAUCAAGGGCCGGUUUGUCAAGAAGGUGCGCAGGAAGCCCACCCGGUUUGAGAGUGCUUAG